AUGCCAACGUCGCCGCCAAAUACCAGAGGUAUAACCGAAGAAUACGCAAUAAGCACAGAAACCGACACCGGCGGGAUCCGCACGCAGGGCUCUUUCCUGCAAGCCGGUGACUACGGCGCCGGACUCCUUGACAACUAUGGCCGGGUCUGCGGGAUCGUGCAUGGGUCUGCAGUGUCGCUGUGCUUUGGUGGGUUUGCGGAACAAAGUUUUGGAUUCUGUACGGCUAUUGAUGAUAUUCGGACUUGGGUGCAGGAGUUUAUGCCUGGGGCUAGGCUUGUUUUGCCGGAGGCGCCGGGGUGA